GUCAAAUGGUGUGCUCGAAAUGCUGAUGGCACGACGCUCAACUGCGUUGCCUUCAAUCGUCCUUGGACUAUUGGUGCUCUUUUGGUCUGCCCCCACGGUUAUCGCCUAUGACGGCAGCUGCGAUUACAAUGACAUCAACGAACCGAUAGGAAUCGAUCUGGGCUACCAAUACAUCGCCGCUUCCUACGCCAACUCAACGACCGUCUUCACUCCGCUGGCCGUAGUCCAAAAUGCAGAAUACCGGACCGUUAUCGCUCAAUUAUCCUUUGAGCACUAUGAACUGCUGAAUCUGAAAGCUCUCUACGGGGAUCGCGCAAGUGUAUCUGGCCUGCUCAAACUGCUAUUGUCACAUUUUGCCGGGGAUGUCGUAGGAAAAAUCCCCUAUAUCGACCAUCCCUAUGUGCAGGCAGUGCUUGGCGCAUCUGGCCGCAUUUAUGCGCAUGUCAGUCUUUUCAUCCGUGCAGCCGUGUCGGUAGUUAGCUGGCAGCAGGAGCCAACGGACCACCUGACGCUCGCUGGGAUCGAAGAAGCAUUCACCCGGAUCUUCACACACCUCAAGUCCACCGCGCGCACCGACACCGGCACAGACAUCUCCUUUGCCAUCAUUGCUAUUCCAGACUUCUUCAACCAGACCAUCGCAGAGACCGUUGCCGUUGCGUCACGUAGGGCUGCCAUUGAGACCGUCGCGCAGCCGCUGCCACGCUCAUCGCUCGCCUCCUUCGAGAACCCCGAUAUCCGCGCAGGAGACGACGUCCUCGUCCUGCACCAGGGCAUCCAUCACUGCGGGAUUAGGCUGUGGCACAAUGCGGGCGGUACCCGCACCGGGGGCCGGAAAGGUUUCCGCCGAGGAUAUUCGGACCGCGAGCAGGCUGACAGUUCCCUCCUUCCGCCCAACCUAUAUCUCUCACUAGACCCCUGGCGCAUGCAUGCCGUAUACACGGGCCUUACGCGGAAGUUACUCCGCGAGAGUGAGCCCCUGCGGACGCAACUGCAGGUUGGGGCGGAUUUCCAGGUUCUAGUAUCCAGGGUGACGAUGGCGAGGAUGUGGCUCAAGAAGCAGGACGUGCGUGCGAUGUAUAUCGGGACGGAGUCGUACACGGCAGACUUUUAUUCGACACUCGACCACGCGGCCGUCGAGCCCGAGAAUUUCGAUGACGAGGUCCUGGUGGACCUGGACGAUUGGUGGGUUUACGGGUCGAAUUCCGGUGUCAGCCUGACGAGGGAGAUGGUUGAGGCAGUGGAUCAGCAGUACGUGGAGUCGUUGGCGAACUCGAUAAGUGUGUUUGUGGAUACCAUUCAAGACCAAUCUUUACUCAAUAGCGUGGUUGACCAGGUAGCUGUCCUGACGGACUGGGUUGACGGAGAUCUCGUGCGGCGUGCUGUUGAAGAAGCUUUGUCAAAUUAUCUGCCGCUAAUUGGUGGGUCAAUGAGCGAUCUUACUCUGGCUGCUGAUGGUGCAGCGAGGCUUGCGUUGAUACGGAGGCAGAACUUGCUGCGAAUGCAGGAGCAAGAGUAUAGCAUACAGUAUUAUGAGCUGUAAUGUCUGUUCUGGUUCUUGUGAUGCCAUGGUGUUUAGGUAGAAUGCACCCGCCACCUCAUCCUACAAGGAGGAGGUCAUUCCACGUUUCUUGUGCUCUGCGUCACCAAAGCCAUGCUUCAUCGAGAUUGGAGAGCCAUGACCGAUCACGCAGGGGGCCACUUCUCAAACGCAACCCUCCCAUGCCGCCUCAUCAUCUCCUGCACUGUCCCCUCGCCCGCUUCCCUAACCUUCCAUGCAUCCAGCACCUCGUCUCCAACCACAAAGCCAGAAUUGCUUAAGAUCUGCAACUCGGCCUUACCUGUCUUGGGCUCUCUCUCAAGCCUCAACAGAUCAUUCGGCCCGCCCUCGCCAACCUCCGCCCGGAAAGUAAAGUCCAAUCUACGCAACUUUGGCAUGCGUUGUGCCGCACGUCCCAUGGCCACAUACAUUUUCUGGGCUUCAUGGCGCUUGAUGUCUUGCCGGGGUCCGUAGUCGCCGAAGUCGUACUCCCAGUCCUGAUCGGGGUCGUCUUCGAGUGAGACGUCUGAGUUGUUGUACCAUUUUUCCGGAUUGUUUUCGAGCAUCCAUUGGCCUGUAGGUACCGACUGUUCAGCAACGUGAUAUUGAGUUCAUAUAUGAAGGCAACAUACCAUCUGCUGUAUACGGGGGCACCUCUUGGAUCAACAGCUCCUCCAGCCUUGGCCAAUACUGCCCGGCCGUAUCAACAUUCUCAUUCUCCUCAGGCCAGAACAGCGCGCUGCUUAUACGGACGUACUUCAGUCUCAACUUGCGCAGUCUCAUACUGAGAGUCCUGAACCCAAUGGACAGUUCAUCGAAGCCUUGGGGGCUGAGAUAGUUCGCUGCGUUGUGUCCUGGGUUGUGGGACAUUUCGCGUGCGUGGUCAAUCAUGUAUUUGAAGGUCUCCACUGAGGACGGGACGGAGGGAAGAUUGUCCAUUAUUUCUGUAAAUUCUCAGCCAUCUAUACAUUCUUUUCGUCUCCGCUCAACCGCGUAACACGUACCUUGCCGCUGCUCCACCAGAGCCUUCCAAGCGCCUCUCGGAAUCGCGUGCCCCUCGCCUCCAUAGACGCGCCUCGCAUGAGGGAAUCGAGUUAGCAAGCCCAUAAACACCGAGGGCGUUACGUCACUCCGAUCAGGCUCGUGCAAGCCAAACGUUGUGAUAUACGCGAGCACUGGCAGUUCGUCCACCAAUGCGGGGGGGAGGUGUAGCUGAUGCGGGAUCUUCGCCCGAUGCCAUAGCUGGCCGACGUCCAGGGUGGCGAGGUCGGCUACGGAGGGCUCUAGCGCCCACUGAACUUCGUCAGGGAGGUCGAUAAACUCGGUAUUCCCCACUCUCAGUGAUAAUUGCAUUUCCGUGCCGGCUUUGGUGUCCUCCCACGAGUGCAGCACAGCAAAGAGCUCCGUGAGAGACGCAUGAAACUGCAUGUUAUACCCCUCGGGUAGCUCCUCCUUCGUAAUCCGCAGCGGACUUCGGUCCGGGUCAUAGGUCCAGGUUAAGGUGCGAAUAUAACGAAUCCGGUCGCGGCGGUAGGAGUCACGGCCAGAAUCAUGGCUACCAGAGCUAGCGUCGAUAUCACCAGAUGAAGAAGCCGACGUGUACUCCUUCAGUUGGGCCAGCGAGUUGUACUUGUCCCAUCCAAGCCUAAUGUCCUGCCAGAUGAUUCGCUCGACGACGGCCUGCCAUGUCUGCGAGAUGGUCGUGUACGAAGCGAGCUUUAUAGGCGCUCGGCAUUCUCGGCAGGAACAGUAUUCCUGGUGCUUGUGCGGUCGAGGUGGUCCUCUUAUGACGUCCGCAAUCUGUUGGACUAGCUCGUGCGGGAGUCUAUCCAUGUUAUGGUAAGUGCCCGUCUGAAGAUGGAGAGCAUCAGGGGCCGGCAGGUUGCGCGGGGUGCAGGAUCAACAGGGAAUCAGGCUCAGGGGCAGAUUUCCGAGGUCAACCUGUGAACUGUGGGGCUCAUGGUGGAGCUGAGAUUCGUUCGCUACCAAUCACUCACUCCACACUCAGCGCCAUACCGACUCGGAAUGCAUCAGCCUCUGGAUCGAUGGGAGGGGAGAUUUCCCGGGCAUGCAUGAUGAUG